AUGAUGUUUUUCUGGGUUUUAAGCUUGACUUUUUGGAACACAAGCUCAGCCCAAAGGCCACGGCACGGAAGGGCCUUCGUAAAGUACCACGAGAUGCUUGCUUACGACCGAGAUGCUUUGGAGGAAAGGCACCAGAAAGUGAGGAAGGCAGAAGCAAGAUCAGUCCUGCUUGAAUUCCAGGCUUAUCAGAGGCUGUUCAGGCUGAGGCUAUGGAGAGACACCAGUAUUUUUGCGAGAGGCUUUCAGCUCAUGAAGAAGGAUUUCUCAGUCCCGACGGACGUCUCCUUCAUUUACUCUGGUGACCUGCAAGGCGAGCCGGGUUCCUUCUGCCACGGAUCCAUCAUCGAUGGCCUUUUCGAAGGGUUUAUCCAAACAUGGAAUGGCACCUAUUACGUCGAAUCAGCUGGGGCACCUGAUGCCAACCAGACUUCUCCGGCACAUUCGUUCAUCCACCAUGACAAAGACUUAGACUACAGACUUUGGGGAGAUUCUGAAUCGGCAUCUUUGGCCAAGAAAAUACACCGACAGUUGCAAGAUUCCCAACGGGUGCUAACCGGAAAGGCUGUCCCCUUGCAAAGGUCGAAGAGAAGCCUGGAUUAUGCCAAGACCUCUUGCCUCCUCCACCUCCGAGCGGACCAUCUUUUCUACCAAAGAUUCGGCUCAGUAGAAACAGUGAUUGCCCAGAUUGCCAGCUAUGUAAAAGCAGUGAAUGCCAUCUAUGAAGGGGUGGAAUUUGAUGGCAUCCGGAGCGUUGACUUCAAAGUCAAGACGAUCAGCGUCAUAGAAGAGGAAGACCCUUCCCUGUCUCCUUUCAUCGGUCCAGAGAUGCUUCUUAUGCUUCACUCCGAAUCCAACUGGAACCGCUACUGCCUGUCCUUCCUUCUCACUGACCGGGAUUACAGUGGCAUUUUGGGCAUUGCUUUUAACGGGCAACCAGGGGACUCUGGAGGAAUCUGUUCGAAGCACCAGCAUUUCCAGGGGAAAGAGGCGUCCCUGAACACAGGAUUGAUCACACUUCAGAAAUACGGGCAGCUUCUGCCUCCGAGGAUGAUCCACGUCACAUUGGCCCAUGAGCUUGGACACAGCCUGGGAGCUUAUCACGACGAGAGCAAAGAGUGUUCCCGUUUCGACAUCGACACCACAAAUGGAAAGUAUCUGAUGUUUGGCUAUGCCACGGACGGAGGAGAAUCCAACAACGACAAAUUCUCCCCUUGCAGUGUAGCCUACAUUGCAGACAUCCUGCGGCUCAAGAAAGACCUCUGCUUUGUUGAAACGGACCGUCCCAUCUGCGGGAACCGGAUUGUGGAUCCAGGAGAAGAAUGCGAUGUGGGCAGCGAAGAAGCCGAUCCCUGCUGCUAUGGUGCUGGGGAACCAAAUGGGAUCCGUUGCCGAUUGAAACCUGGAUCUCUCUGCAGCCCCAGCCAAGGACUCUGCUGCAGCCAUGAAUGCAUCCCCAAACCCCAAGGAGAGACCUGCCAGGAGGAGACCGAGUGCUCUUUCCAAAGUCUGUGCUCCGGGUUGGUGGUGGAGUGUCCGGCACCGCGUCCGAAGUCCAACUUCACCGUCUGCGGCAGGCAGUCCCGAGUGUGUUUGGACGGGCUUUGCGUGGGUUCCCUCUGCAUCCAGCAUGGGCUGGAACAGUGCGACUGCGUUUCCGCUUCCCCACGGGAGAGGUGCCAACUCUGUUGCCAGCUGCCAGGGCAGCCUGAAACCUGCGCAAGUACCACUUCUCUCCGCUGGGAUCAUUUCUUCAAUGGCUCCGAAAUCCCCUUGAUCCCUGGAUCACCCUGCGGGGACAAGACUGGUUAUUGCGACAAAUUCCAUGUCUGCAGAUUUGUCGACGAAGACGGUCCCAUUGCCCGGGUGAAGAAUUUCAUCUUGGACUUCAUCGAGAUGGAAGACAUUGCCACCUGGAUGAAGACCCGCUGGUGGGCCAUACUCCUCGUGGUUUUGACCCUAGCCGCCAUGAUGUCCGGCACGGUCUUCCUCUUUGGACGGACGGUUGACACUGGAACAGAAGAAAGGCCAGCGAAGGAGUCCAAGGAGAAGAGGAUCCCAUCGGUCAACCUGCCUCUGGAGCAAAGGCAUUCCUUCUUCUACUGGGAACAUGAAGAAAUCUACAUCGAAGCCAUGCGCCAGGAAUACGAAACCAUCAUCUAAUGUGCCAAUCCAGGUCAUAUUAAUACUAGAUUAGUUGGAUUGUUUUAAUGCCUGCUUUUGUAUGUCUUUACAAUUGCAUCGUUCAUUUGCAAAGGAGCUUUGUAUCCCAAUUGUUGGGGGGAAGCGGAAUAUAAAUAUAACAACAACCUUGACCCUUUCUGUCCACCAAGUUUUUCCUCAACUGUCUUUCACCCUUUGGACAGUUUGCAGCAAUGGAAAGACAAAGAGGGAAAGCAGGAGGAGAGGAAAAACCGGGACAUUUUAAAAGCAGCUGAAAAAUUGGGACAACAGAGAAUUAAUUUUCAGUGGCUGAAACCUUCCCAGAGAGGUUAAA